GUUUGGAGAACCACCCGGGGCUCCCGGCUCGUAUUCUUAUCUCGUCGAGUGCUUCAGUGCUUGGUGGGAUUGGACAAAUCGAACAUUUUCCGAUGCUCUGGCAGUAGUUGCUCCGGCAGUUUCGAGAGUGUUUCGCUGACCGGACCGGACUGGAACAGAAGCCAUGGCAUCGCAACUGGACGAUUCACCCGUGUAUGCCAACUAUGAGGAUAUGCGCAACUCCGGCCCGACCAGCUCCACGGAUUAUAUGGUCCAAAUGGGUCCCACUGGAGAUACUGUUCGAGUGCCGGUUGUUCAAAUACCGCCAAAACAAACGCAACAAUAUCGGGGGUUUAAGACCUCGGAAAACGAACCCCGAGGAUGCAUGGAGUGGAUGGUUACCAUCCUAUCCGUCCUUGUCUUCAUCAUCACCUCGCCCAUUUCCAUCUUUGUCUGCUUCAAGGUGGUGGCCGAGUACGAGCGUGCCAUCAUCUUCCGGCUGGGCAGACUGUCCGGCGGAGCCCGUGGACCGGGUAUGUUCUUCAUCCUGCCGUGCAUCGAUGAGUACCGCAAGGUGGACCUGCGAACGGUCACCUUCAAUGUGCCGCAGCAGGAGAUGUUGACCAAGGAUUCGGUGACAGUGACUGUGGAUGCCGUGGUCUACUAUCGUAUCAACGAUCCCCUCUACGCCGUUGUCCAGGUGGAGGAUUAUAGCACCUCUACGCGCCUACUGGCUGCCACCACACUGCGCAACAUCGUGGGAACUCGGAAUCUCUCCGAGCUGUUGACCGAGCGCGAAAUUCUUGCCCACCUCAUGCAGUCCACCCUGGACGAGGCCACCGAGCCCUGGGGCGUUAUGGUGGAACGUGUGGAGAUCAAGGACGUCUCUCUGCCCGUUUCCAUGCAGCGAGCCAUGGCCGCCGAAGCGGAGGCUGCACGGGAUGCUCGCGCCAAGGUGAUAGCCGCCGAGGGUGAAAAGAAAGCCGCCACUGCCCUAAAGGAGGCCUCCGAUGUGAUCUCGGCCAGUCCUUCGGCUCUGCAGCUCCGUUACCUGCAAACCCUGAGCAGCAUCUCGGCGGAAAAGAACUCCACCAUUAUCUUCCCGCUGCCUAUGGAACUGCUAACUCCGUAUUUGGCCAAAUACGCUGCGCUGAUGCCACAGGGUCCUCCUCCUGCUCAGCCGCCGGAGAAGUACGAUGUCUCGUUCAUAAAUGCCCAGGCGGCGUGGCCCAAAACAAACCUAUAGGAUAUUCCACAAUGUAUUUCAAUGAUGGCGCUUUUAAAGCCCUUGCUGGGUAUUUUAUUGUCAGUUUUUAAAAUCUAUCAGUGUAUGAAUGUGCAAUGAAAUCGGACAACUAGAACUACUAAGGAACAAACCUUGCCAACAAGACAAACUGCAAGGAUACAUCUUUAAACUUCGUCCUAGACCGAAGUUACGAUUCCUUACAACCAUUUUUUUUUUUUAAUAAACAAACCUCUUGUUAUUUACAACAAA